AUGAAGUACUCACGGACUUUGGGCCUCCUGAGCCUGGCCUCGCUCUCCCAAGCUUGCCUCACGGAGGAUGAGCGAGCUGGUGUUGUCAGACGUAGUGGGCGUAUUGACCGUCGUGCAAAUACAGGACUGGCAAUCGGCACAGGCGAUCGGUUCUCGGCAGGGUCCAAAUUUCCUCGGGGUUUGGGCACACAGGCAGCCUCUACGGACCCAGGUUUGAUCUUAAACGUUCAAGAGAUUGAGAGCGCCCUCUCCGGAUUGGCCAAAGAGUACGGUCUUGAAACUUUCACGACUCCCUAUCAGACAUUCGAGAAAAGAAGCAUUCACGGUGGGAAGACUGGAAAUGACACGGAUGCGAUUAGUGUCUACAUCAACGCCGGUAUCCACGCACGAGAGCGUGGUGGUCCAGAUAAUCUGCUUUACUUCAUCUCCGACCUGCUGUACGCGAACAAGAACAACGUCGCGUUGACAUAUGGUAGCAAGAGCUACACAGCCGCCCAGGUCAAGACCGCUCUGGCAACCGGAAUUGUCUUUGUCCCAUUGAGUAACCCUGAUGGAGUUGCCUACGACCAAUCCUCAAACAGCUGCUGGAGAAAGAAUCGCAAUACUGCAUCUGCUACAUCCGGACAGGCCGCCACCAUUGGUGUUGAUCUGAAUAGAAACUUUGAUUUCCUGUGGGACUUUCCAAGUCUUUUCGCAACUUCUGUCGCCUCGGGUACUGCCUCAAAGAGGCCGGCCGCAGAGGACUACCAUGGCAAGGCUGCCUUCUCGGAGCCAGAGACGCAGGGAAUCAAGUGGAUUUUGGACGAGCACCCAAACCUUGGUUGGUUUCUCGACCUUCACUCCGACGCAGGCACUGUUCUCUACAGCUGGGGUAGUGAUGAUAAUCAGAGCACAGACCCCAAGAUGAACUUCCUGAACUCGACAUAUAACAAGGCUCGCGGUGUCUCUCCAGACCGUAGUGGCUACGUCUACUCAGAAUACACACCAGCGGCUGACUGGGCCUUGAACCUCGAGACUGCACAGUCCAUAGGCCAGUCUAUGAUCGCCACUACCGGCCGCAAGUACUCGGUGGAACAAGCAUCAGAACUUUACCCGACUUCAGGUGCAAGCGAUGACUACUCCUACUCACGGCAUUUUGUCGACCCCAGCCUGAGCCCGGUUCAUGCCUUUACUGUUGAGUUUGGUUUCAGUAACAGCCAGGCUUCUUGUGGAUUCUAUCCCACUGCUGCACAAUACAAGCAGAGUAUUCUGGAGACGGGAGCUGGUUUCAUGGAACUGCUGCUCGCCGCUGCAGCAAAUCCUGCAUGA